GCUUAGAAAGUUUCCUUAGGUCCUGCUUUGCAGGAUUGUGAUUACAUAGUAUGUUCCAUCAUUUUUCAGGGACCGCAGAACGUAUGUGAUGGUAAUGCCUGCAUGUUGCGUUGGUCUUGGACUUUGGUACAUGAAGAAAAUUGAAGAGCGUGCAGCUGAGAAGUCUGCCCGCCCGUCAAAGAUCGACUGGGUCGAAGCUGGUGUUGUCUCUCCGGUCGUGAGGAACCAAAAAGGUUGCGGCUGCUGUUGGGCCAUGGCUGCUGUAGCCUCGGUCGAAGCAGUACACAAUCUGAAGACCUCACAGUCAAUCUCCCUAUCAGUUCAAGAGCUCAUUGACUGCAACUUCAACAUACUGAACAGAGGCUGCCAGCAUGGUACCUCUCUUCUUGCUCUCUGGUAUAUACAAAAAAAUGGACUCUCGAGCGAAUCCUCCUACCCAUACAUGGCUCGGAUGAGUAUGUCGGGUUGCAAGAAGCGCAAAAAGCCAGCAGCAAGGAUAUCAGGCUUUCGCCUUGUCUACUGGACCGAGGAUGCACUGGAGAAAGCAGUAGCGAAGCAGCCCGUGAUUGUCAGAUUACAGGGCACAACUGAUUUGCUGAAUUACAAAGGAGGCAUCAUGGACUAUGAAACCUUGCCAGAAGAAACUAAAAGGCACGCGGUCUUGAUUGUGGGUUAUGGCACGGAUCCCGACGGUGUUAAGUAUUGGCGCUUUAAAAACUCAUGGGGAGAGGGUUGGGGCAAGGGUGGGUUUGGGAGGAUACGCAGACAUGUUGCCGACAAGAGAGGUGUCUUGGGUAUAUUUAUGAAGCCAGGGCUGUAUCCGGUGCUUAAUAUCUGA